AUGAAUUCCAAAGUUUUUGAAAGGACCAAUAGAAGUAGGGCAUAUAACCCCCAAAAGAUAAAGAACUCAGCUCAGGUUGUUAGCAAUUACAGCCAAUAUGAAAUGCCGAGUAUACAUAUGAAGCCAAAGUAUUAUACAAGAGAUAUCAAAUCGGUCUCAAGGAACCACCAGACUCAAUAUAAUACCUUCAGAGGCUUUGAUCGAAGCUUGAAAAUUCCUGAUCUCAAAGAAAAUAAUAAGAAAAGAAGGAUGAAGAUAAACUCAAUGUUAAAACAGGGUAAUAAAUUUGGCUUCCGAAAUCGGGGAUUCCAAUCAACAAAAAGCCCCUCUCCAGCUGUUCCAAAGAAGCAAAAACUAAUGAAGACCUUAAUAUUGAAGCAAAGGAAGAUAGAUCAUUUUGGCACUCAUAUCAAGAGAGACAAAAGAAUCAAAAUUCUAAAAUAAAGUGCAGGAAAAGUCCACUAAAAGGGUCACUCAUAUGGUCAUUAGGAUCCAGUCUCACUUCAGAGGCUAUUUUGCACGCAAACUUUACCAAAAACUCAGAAAUGAGAAAAAUAGAAAAAUAGUUUUCAUGCAGCACCAAUGGAAGGAGAAACGGAAAAACAGAGCUGCAAAAGUUAUCAUGAAGUUCCUUAGAGGGUACCAAGAUUGGAUGAAGCACAGGAUAAAUAUUACUACUAUCCGAACCAACUGAUACUUUAAGGACCUCAGGAGCCAAGUUGAGAGGCAAAGCGUCAGAACUAUAGAAUGGGCUUAUUGGAGAUACAAAAAAAAUGUACAGAAAAUUGAGAAGAGAAUCAAAGACCAACUUGACGAAAUCGAGAGACAGCAAAAGCAUACAAUGUUCUGCACACGAGUGUCUAAGAGAAAGAAAGGAUCAAAGAAAGAAUCAAUUAGUAGAUAUUCCGUUAAGAGUGGAGUUGAAAACUCCAUUCAAGAAGGAGAAGAAACCAAUGAUAUGAAGAAGUUGCACCAGAGCGAGACUAUUAGCGAAAAUUUUGCAGCUUUUCAGCCAGUUCCAAAACCCUCAAUGCUUGGUAAUAACAAUGCAACUGCUGCUUUUCUCACUAACAUCGCUUCGAUGGUUAAAAAGAAAUAAAAGCAAGGAAGAGUCACAAAAGGUCAGAAAUAGAUACAAAAUGACAAAAAUAUUAGGGAAAGCAAAAAAGAGUUUUAUGAACCAGAGUAUAAGUGCAGUCCAAAAUAAACUGAUGUCUAAAAUUAGAAGGAAGAGCAUCACUCCUAACAACAGAAGAUCUAAUAAAAAGCAUAAUGACUCAAGAGAUAAGACCGAUUCAAGAAGGCUAGAUCAAGUUCCGCGCAGGGGUAGGAAAAGAACCAAAUCAAAGAACUGAGAGGAAUCUAUAGAUUCAAAUCUCAAAUGAAGUAACCCUUCUCCUAGAGUCAAGAAUUCAAAAUCAGGAGAUGCCUCUAUUGAGCAUAUCCGGUUCAGAGACCCAGCUGAUAAUUCAGAGAUUGUGAUCUCUAAGAGAAAAGACAGUGCUGAAAGUAAAGCAAUUUCACCAGCUAUGAAUGUUUCACCGACAGCUAAUAACUCAGGAAAGAGGUUAAACAUCAUUUUUGAGAAAGAAAAUAACAAAGAGAACUUAGCAAGAGUUAAGAGUCAUGAAUAUCAAAAUAAUGAAUCCGGUUCUACUAAGAAGAGAAAGGGCCAAAGUCAACGAAACAUUUUGUUUUCAAGCAAAGAAUUAAGCAAAGGAUCAUCUCUAAACAGAAACCCACAAAAUAAGAGGUCAAUAAAAGUGAAUGGGUCUGCUUUCUUUAGUAAAAUCCUCUCUCCGACUAAUGAAAAUGAUGAGCAUCCUGAAAUCAACGUUAUCCAGUCUUUUAAAUCCCCUGAAAAUCUAAAUAUUCCAUCAAUAACUGUAAACGAAGAGGACACUCUUAAAUAUGAAGAUAAUCCCUCAAGGCAAACUGUCUUACACCAAAAAGAGGAAAAAAACGCACCUCAAGAAAGGCAGAUAAAAGCAAGGAUCCCUCUUAAGAAGAAACCCUCUGAGAAGCCCCAUGAUUCUCCACAAAAAUUGAACAAAGGCCCACCUAGAAAGAACAAACCAAACCCACAACGUGAGAAAGAAAAGGUUAUAGAUAAAGACAAAAAGACCAAUGAUUCCAAAUACAAAGACCUAAUGAAAAAUACAGGACCUUUGAAAUCUCUCAUGAAAGCUACCUCGAAGAGAGUGAAAAAUAAAGCGGCAAGAAAGAGAGGCUCCUCGAUGUCGUCUCAGGAGCUAGAGAAUAAGCAGGAUAAGGACUUUACGCCCCUUAUAGAAGAGAGGAAAAUUGAGCAUCCGAAAAGUAAGUUCAAGGUUGCAAAGGAGGAUAGCUCUAAAGUCUCUGGGAUAAAUAUUAGCAUCAACUCAACGAACAUGAACCAGUUGAAUGAUUCUCAUGCUGAUGAGGGAGAAUAUAGUGAAGACUUUAGUGGCUAA